GCUGUAGUAUAAAACGAGGUUUGAGCCAGCCAUUGUGCACGCAGAUAAAGAAAGGCAAAGUCAUUCCACGAAAGGUCUACCAUUCUUCCAGACAGAAAAAUGAGGGAAAUUGUGCAUCUUCAAGCCGGACAGUGCGGAAACCAGAUUGGCUCUAAGUUUUGGGAGGUGAUUAGUGAUGAGCAUGGUAUCGACCCAACUGGUUCAUACCAUGGUGACAGUGACCUGCAGCUUGACAGGAUCAAUGUCUACUACAAUGAAGCCUCAGGUGGUAAAUAUGUUCCUCGGGCUGUGUUGGUCGAUCUGGAGCCAGGCACCAUGGACUCUGUGAGGUCUGGACCUUUCGGCCAGAUCUUCAGACCAGACAACUUUGUUUUCGGCCAAAGUGGUGCUGGCAACAACUGGGCUAAGGGUCACUACACAGAGGGUGCAGAGCUGGUGGACUCUGUCAUGGAUGUGGUGAGGAAGGAGGCAGAAAGCUGUGACUGCCUUCAGGGCUUCCAGCUCACCCAUUCCCUGGGUGGGGGUACAGGCUCUGGUAUGGGCACCCUGCUAAUCAGCAAGAUUAGGGAAGAGUACCCUGACCGCAUCAUGAACACCUUCAGCGUGGUGCCUUCCCCAAAAGUAUCAGACACAGUAGUUGAGCCCUACAACGCCACACUAUCUGUCCACCAGCUUGUAGAAAACACAGAUGAGACCUUCUGCAUCGACAAUGAGGCCCUGUAUGACAUCUGUUUCCGCACCCUCAAACUCACAACCCCCACAUAUGGUGACCUCAACCACUUGGUCUCUGUUACCAUGAGCGGUGUCACCACCUGCCUCAGGUUCCCUGGACAGCUCAACGCUGACCUGCGUAAGCUUGCUGUAAACAUGGUGCCAUUCCCCCGUCUGCACUUCUUCAUGCCAGGCUUUGCUCCCCUCACAGCCAGAGGCAGUCAGCAGUACAGUUCACUCACUGUCCCAGAGCUCACGCAGCAGAUGUUCGACGCAAAGAACAUGAUGGCUGCCUGCGACCCGCGUCACGGUCGCUACCUGACAGUGGCUGCCAUCUUCCGUGGCCGCAUGUCUAUGAAGGAGGUGGAUGAGCAGAUGCUGAACGUGCAGAACAAGAACAGCAGCUACUUUGUUGAAUGGAUCCCCAACAACGUCAAGACUGCGGUUUGCGACAUUCCUCCCCGUGGCCUCAAGAUGUGCGCCACCUUCAUCGGCAACAGCACUGCCAUCCAGGAGCUGUUCAAGCGCAUCUCUGAGCAGUUCACAGCUAUGUUCAGGCGCAAAGCUUUCCUCCACUGGUACACCGGCGAGGGUAUGGAUGAGAUGGAGUUCACAGAGGCAGAGAGCAACAUGAAUGACCUGGUGUCAGAGUAUCAGCAGUACCAGGAUGCCACUGCUGAAGAGGAGGGAGAGUUUGAGGAAGAGGGUGAGGAGGAGCUGGCCUAAAUAAGGGUGAGAAGAAGCUGACCUAAAUGUAUCACUUUAGAAAGCAAAGCGAAGUGAAAUGUAAUGUUCCAAGUCCUUUCCAGUUUUCAGUGGUCUGUCUGCGGUUCCAUUGUUGCAUGUUAAUAAAUUCUUCUGCAUAUUUGAAGUCUACCAUCCUGGUUUUAAUGACUUAGUAUGUUUUUUUAUUUUUUGUUUUGAGCGAUGCUCUACACUGUACAUAAAGUGUAGCUGCAUAACUGGUACUUUGCCAGAAGUGAGAUUUGAGUACUACAAAUGCAGGUUAGUAAAUAGAAAUUUGCUUAAGUUAUAACUUGCUAAGAUUGUCUUGUGCAAUGUCUCUGAAAUUAGUUUUUAAAUUAACACUGUUUAUUGUACUGAAUGGUCUGAAAAGAUCAACUGGCUAAAUGAAAGUAAUGCGGUUAAUGACUCAAGUGUCUAAUAAAAGCAUAAACCAAAAACCCA